ACAGUGAAGGACGAGGUUCUCGUUGCCACACGAGUCAGCGGUUGUGGUAAAGCUACAUUUUAAAAGCCAGGAUUUUCCCGUGGCAGGAAGGAAGCGAGAUUUGUUGAAGACAUAUUUAAUCAGACUAAGGUCCCACUCUGCUUUUUUUGCUCCUCAGACGGUUUUCAUUUUCUUCCAUGGAUGUGGCAGAUUCCUGAGCAGAAAGUAUGACAUCGGAGGCUGCGGUCUCCACACCUCCUGCCCUAACCAGCACCCCUGCCAAGAGGGACUACUACUGGCUUCGUUCCUUUGUAGCUGGAGGUGUUGCAGGAUGCUGUGCCAAGACUACCAUCGCUCCUCUGGACAGAGUGAAGAUUCUUCUUCAAGCCCAGAACCCCCAUUACAAGCAUCUAGGAGUGUUUUCCACUCUUAUAGCUGUGCCAAAGAAAGAAGGCUUUCUUGGCUUGUACAAGGGUAAUGGGGCAAUGAUGGUCAGGAUAUUUCCUUAUGGAGCCAUCCAGUUCAUGGCCUUUGACAAUUAUAAGAAGCUGCUAAAUAAACAGAUUGGGAUCUCUGGACACAUCCACCGCCUCAUGGCAGGAUCAAUGGCAGGGAUGACUGCGGUGAUAUGCACCUACCCUCUGGAUGUGAUCCGAGCCAGACUGGCCUUCCAGGUGAAAGGAGAGCAUCGUUACACUGGAAUUGCCAAUGCCUUCCACACCAUCUACCUUAAGGAGGGGGGCAUUCUUGGCUUUUACAGAGGACUUACCCCAACACUUAUUGGAAUGGCCCCUUAUGCAGGCUUCUCAUUCUUCACAUAUGGCACCCUGAAGAGCCUCGGCUUGAACCAUUUCCCAGAGCUGCUUGGACGCCCCUCCUCAGACAACCCUGAUGUCCUCAUUCUGAAAACCCACAUCAACCUGCUGUGUGGAGGUGUCGCCGGUGCCAUUGCUCAGACAAUAUCGUACCCCCUGGAUGUGGCUAGGAGAAGAAUGCAGUUAGGAGCUGUGCUUCCUGACUAUGAGAAAUGUGUAUCACUGAGCAAGACCCUGACGUAUGUGUACAAGGAGUAUGGGAUCAAGAAGGGAUUGUACCGAGGCCUUUCUCUCAACUACAUUCGCUGUGUCCCCUCACAAGCUGUGGCCUUCACCACCUAUGAGUUCAUGAAGCAGGUCCUCCACCUGAACUAGCUGCUCUUUUGUACGGCCUGCACCUGGGCCCGUACGCUACGAGUCAUUAAGCAGCUCAACCUCAAUGCUUCCCUCACUGAGUGAUCCGUGACUCGCUCGCUACGUCUUAAACUCGUCAAUGUGGGAACUACCUUUUCCUUGAGUUCACUGUAGGCACGAGGGACAUCAGUUAAUGCUAACAAAGGACACUUGAUAUCAGACGGUAACGUAGUCCAUGUCUGUCCUGUUUCAUUCCCUCUUACUUCCCUCCUAUGUGACUCACCACCUCUUAAGUGAUGAUUUACUCAACCACACGACAUGUGGCUUGAAUUGGGACAACUCCCUCACCAGUGUCUCCAUGGAUGGGGCAGCAGCAUCUUUGGUUGGCCUCUGUUGGUUGGGGGCAAUUAUAUGCUCUUAAACAAUGUUGUUGACCACACAACAACAAGUCUCUGAUGGUGUAGCAGCCCCCUCAUUCACACGGCAGACACAGAUGUCCACACUCUGACUUGUCUUUCCUGAUUUUUAAGAUGGACACCAGCUUAAAAUGAUCAAAUUAGCUUAUGAACCAUUACUAUGUUUCCAUCAGCUUCUUUACAGAGCUCAGUGUUAUGCAUUUAUUUGAAUAGCGUAGCACCCCUAAACACUUCAGUUCUACAGCUACAUAUUUUCUUUGUUGUUUAUCAUAUCUUCUUUUUACCGACUUGGCUGUUGUUGAAAGGUGGCUGAAACUGUAAAAUAAUCGGAUGAUUUGUAAUGUUUUGUUUAUUCAGGGCUUAGCGUGUCUUUAAUUUUGGGGUGCAGUAACUUUAGGAGAAGUUUCUGUGUGCGUCUUUGCCUUUGUCUUCUACACAAAACUAAGAUUAGUGUAACACACUUCCCCUGCAGGGUUUCUUUUAAAGAUGCAGUGGCCUGGGCCAGUUUAAGGCAACAUCUUAUUUUAUUGCCUAACCUUGGAUAGAGCAGUUACUGUCUGUGUCAUUAUUUGCUGAAAACCCUAUUUUUUUGUUAUACAGGUUAAUAUGCACUCAGAUGUUUAGUGCGUAGCUUUGAAGAUAUUGAAUUAGUGUAUGUACAUCCAUGCUCAGCUGGGAUCACAAAGAUAUUUGGAAAUGCCAAGAGUGAUGAAGCAUUUCGACAUGAUGUGGAUGUAGGUCUGACAUGUCUGGAGGGACACGUUUGCCAGAGGGAACUCAGGAGAAAUUUGCACUUCAUGACUGUAGCUUUUUCUUCGCGUAUUUAUUGAUCUAGCGACCUGCUGCCACUGGGUGGCAGCAUAGAAUUUAAAUUAAAUUGUUUAUGAACAGAGCUGGAUUCAACACCUUUACACAUUUUAUACAUCUCUUAUCAAAUACAAGUCAGCUUAGGCUCUUCACGAUAUUUUCUGUUUUGCUUAACCAAAGCGAGUUGUCAGAUAAUGAGUAUAAUAUAUGCAGUGUUUUUAAGCCAAUUCAGCCAAAAUGCAGUUUGCAUUUAUUGCCCAGGAAGGCUGAACAGUAAUUACUGAAUGAAAGUGUUUGUUAAUCACACACCCUCAAGUCACGACCAAUGUUUGCAUGAGCCUCAUCAGUUUGCUUUAGAAGCAUCUUCCUUUUUUUUUUUAAGAUUCUUGCCUUCUUCUGCAUUAGGUGUGUUAUUUCACCAGGGUGAGUUUUAUUGGAGUUUCUCCACAUACUUCAGCUGCUGCCUCAGCUUUUAGAUCACUGUAUAUGAAUGGAGAGAAAUUACAAUGAGCAGACACCUUAGAGCAGUGGUUUCCAACCUUUUUGGCUUGUGACCUCCUUAAAAUGUUUGUCCACCGACGAGUGUGGAAGGUCUGUAGAGGAAGACUACUUUGGGCAUCAGAAGUCAGUGUUUUGUUUUGUUUUUUUCUCUUCUUCUUCUUUUUGAUCCCAUUAUCACUUUAUUACACUACUAUUACUACACAACUAUUUACUGUUCCAAUUUUACAGUGUUCAUUGGAACAGAAGUUAUUUUCCUUUGUCAGGAUAAAAUCCAGUAAUGCUCUCCACUUGACCCUAAAAAAGUUUGUGAACAAUCUAUGGCACCCCGCCCCCAAAUUACAAGGUGACCUCAGCAAAAUGAAUAUUAUUUUUCUUAAAUUUGUGAAGAGGAUGUGUUCGAGCUAAAAGGGUGGGGUAAGUUGCUGUUAAAUCAUAUUGCAACCGCUCAGUAUCAUUGUUUAACCCAUAGGAGGGGUCCAGACCCCCAGGUUGGGAACCACUGCCUUAGAACAUUGAAAUAUACAGAGACUUCCCUACUAAACACUUUGAAAGCUAUUUAAUGUAGACGAGGUGGGGUUUCAGUCAACUCUAGCGACCAACCGCUGCUCAGCUGGAUCUUUGUCACCCAGCCAGUACAUAAAAACUACAAACUUCUGAUCCCUGCAAUCGACCUAAGAUGCAUAAUGAGACAGGACGUCAAGCAGUGGAAAAAAUCCGUAGAUACUUGCAGUUUAACGAAGGUGGCACCAUUGAAAUUGCUAACCAGAUGGCACGCACAGCAUAGAAACCAAAUUGUUCAUUUCAGUUUUCUGUGUGAAGCCUUUCUGGGUUUUCAUCUAAUAAACGGAAAAUUGUCUGGCUGCUCCAAACAGCUCAAUGCCUUGGUCUGAAGGUGGUGUUGAACAAAAAUCAAAAAAUCUCUGAACCUAUGAUUCUCCCAAAUCACCUUGAAAAGUGUGAGUCAAUGAGAGACUUCUGUGUAUGUAACAAUAAAUGGACUGCAAUAUCCGACUGUCCCCACUUGCCUGGGCUUAAGAGUAUGAUCACAUACUUUAACUGGUGAUAAGUGGCAGCUACCAUUUGGGAAACAAAAUAUACUUUUCAGCAGCAUUUCUGCUUUUUAUGGUCAUCUAGACUACUGCUGUGUACAGACACUUUUAUUUACUACUCUUUUGAUUGCUGUGUUUGGUUUCAAAUACAUGAUCUUCCACUGUUGUUGCUGCUUUUUUGUUUUGUUUUUUUAGUCCUACAAAGUCUCCUAUCAGAUCAGCUCUGCUCCUGAUGCUGACUGCAACAGAUAAUUAUAUAAGACAAGGAAUAUUCAGAUAUUUAUAUAUGUAAAUGUAAGGGCUGUACUACUUUAUCAGACUCUUUUAGAUGUGAUUGAAAGAAAACGCAUAGCUUAGAUAUCGCCUGAACAAUGAAAAUGCCUUUUUUUUAUGUCUUUCAGUGUUAGCCUGCCUUGCUUUUUAUAAGCAGAAUUGCAUUACAUGUCACCUUCUUAAAACAGUACCAAGCCUUGUAUCUUUAUUUUGUCACUGAAUGUGAGCUUCUGAAUGAUCUUGUCUUGUACUGUCACACUGUUCACAUCCCUUUUUUUGACUGAACGAGUAACUGAAAUUGAUUUUUAUUUUGGAAAAUCAUUUUAGAGAGGAAAAAAAAAUAGUGAAGCCAAAACAAGUUAAUUCAAUUUUUCCACUUUGUCUUUCACACGUACAGACCCCUGUUAAUGUUGGUGUUACAGUUUCUCUAAAUCCACAGAGGGACUAUAUGGUGCAUUUGCAUUUAUUUCACUGAAGCUGGAAUACACUACCUGUUGUUGCCCGAUGUCACGCAAUGAUUUGACUUGUAAAUGUGAUGUGUAAAAGAUAUACGUAUGUUUACAUGUUCUUUGAAGCAUUUCAUUACCAUAUCAUCAGUUAAAUCUAGUUAGACAGCCCAAAUUAAAACCCUGUUAUUCUCUGUUUUUGUCUGUAAUACAGGAAUUCAUUCUAUUAUGCUUUUAUAAAACACCCUCCUGUUGUUUGCUGACAAAGAAAAUUCAUUUGAUAUCAACUUCUGGAAUAAUAAAACUUUUCCU